UAGAAAUGAGUCUACAUAGCACCACUGUUUUCUUUUUUCAUCACUGUAAAAGAAACCUACAGGAGUUUCCAGAAAAAAGAUAGCAUAAAAUGCAAUUAAAUCUAUGAGAAAUAGCAAAGCUGCCAACACAAAAUAUUUUUGUUUUUAAACUAUUUCAGGUCUUUGAAAUGAACAGUCUGAAAUGUGUGAUGGUUGGCGAUGGGGCUGUGGGAAAGAGCUGUCUCCUUUUCACCUUCACCAACAAUGCCUUUCCUAAAGAGUUUAUCCCAACUGUGUUCGACAACUACAGUUCAGAGAUCACAGUGGAUUCUACACCCUACACCCUUAACCUGUGGGACACAGCAGGACAGGAGGACUAUGACCGAUUGCGUCCCUUAUCCUACCCCCAGACAGACAUCGCCAUCAUAUGUUUCUCCAUCUGUUCGCCAGCCUCUUAUGAAGAGGUCAAGAAGAAGUGGUAUCCUGAGGUAUGCCAUUACUGCCCCAACGUACCCCUCCUGCUGGUGGGCACAGAAAUGGACGAACGAUAUGCUCCAUGGCUUUUAAAAAAUCUAAAGGGGCAUAACUUGACUCCUAUUACCAAACAACAGGGCGAGGCCCUUGCUCGAGAAAUUGGAGCCACCAAAUACCUUGAAUGCUCGGCAAUAAAGCAAGUCGGAGUGAGAGAAGUGUUCGUGGAGGCAGUCCGUGCCUUCCUAAAUACAAAGCCUGUGCCUUCUAAAAGAUGCUGUAUUCUGUUAUAAAGAAAUACGAUAA